AUGGAAGGCAAGAAAAAGAGCAAAUAUAAAGAUCUCAUAGAUCAAGUCGACCCACUUUUAUUAGAGCAAUGAAGCCAGUAUCUAUUAUUUAGAGAACAAUUUCGCCUAAAAGCAGAACUAAGAGAAGAAAAUUGCUUUGAUUGGAAUUUAGACACUUUGGAAUUAAUUGGUAAAAAAUUAUGCAGGAGGUGUGGAUAUUUCAGCAGAUAAGCAUGACCAAAAUAAAGCAGUUGCGUGUCUUAUAGUAUGUAGAUAUCCAAGUUUUGAGAUUGUCCAUGAGCAAGCUGAAGAAGUUACACUUACUCAGCCUUAUGUUCCUGGAUAUUUAGCAUUUAGAGAAGUUGAACAUUUAGAAAGACUUAUUAAUGACUCACCAGUAAAGCCACAACUAAUUUUGGUAGAUGGAAAUGGAAUUUUGCAUAAUAAAGGUUUUGGAUUAGCAAGUCAUUUAGGAGUUAUUGUAAGAAUUCCUACUGUUGGAGUAGGAAAACAUGUUUUCGCAGUUGAUGGGAUUACAGCUUAUAAUGUAAAGCAGUUAUCGCGAACUUUACAAGCAGGAGGUGAACAUGUAAAUUUGGUCGGAAAAUCAGGGAAAAUUUGGGGUGCUGCGUUGAGGAGUACUGAUGAUUGUAUAAAUCCUGUUAUUGUGUCUGUAGGAAAUAUGAUAACACUUCCUACUGCCCUAGAAAUAGUAAAACAAUGCUGUCUGUAUAGAGUACCUGAACCAAUUCGACUUGCAGAUAAGUUGUCAAGGAAGAUGGUAAAGAACGUUUAA